CUUUGUGCGAUGACGACGCUCACAAGCGGUUGCCUGAGAAGGAUUGAAAAACCCUUGGCAGAAGGAGCCGAACCAUUGGCAAUGGAUAAGACCACUUGAAUUCUUCGUGGAUAUGUGCUCAUGUUAUAUAUAUUGCUUACAGAAAAUUUAUUGCGAUGUUACCAAAUCGGAUUACGGUCACUGUGCUGAGUGUUUAUUCAAUAGUUUUUCUUCACGAUCAUUCAAUGAAUAUCGUGCAAGUAUAAAAGAAUUCCAUGUUGAAUGAACGAAAAACAGACAACAGAAGCUGAGGUUGUAAAAAAUCUCAGCUAAAAACCCUUCGGUAAAUAGUACUUUUGGAAAAUUCAUCUAUAGAUCUUUGAAAUGCCUGAAACAAGCAACCACAAUAAGGAUGCAGUGGAAUAAUUUGGUGCAUAAAUGAAUGUAUGUGGAAUAAUCUGGAUUUCGGUGGUGUGGAAAAAGGAUAAAAAUGUAAAGUGAAUUGAAAAGUGAAUUGCUUCUUAUUUUAAACAAUGUGCUAUUUGUUUGCGCCACACACCCUGGGAAUUAUUAUUGUCUAUGGAUUACUCUUCAUCACAUCAAAUUGCAAAGCCGGAAGAAUUUUUGACGUUGAGAACAUCCCUGUGCAGAAAUAUAUUGUUCAAGCUGGAAAAAGUCAAACCAUCCCGUGUCCUGGAGUAAAUGAACUGUCUCUCGUCGACACAUUGACGUGGAAAACAAAUAAAAUAAUUGCACAGUAUGCAAAUGGAAUUCCUUUAGUUCAUGAUCAAAGGAUAUCUCUGUUGCCUGGGAACUUCAGUUUGCAUUUCCACCCGUCCGUUGCAGCUGACACAGCCGAAUACACUUGCCUCGUCAACGAAAGACAUACCCCAGAAUCCAUAGUCGAUUUAAUAGUUCAGGAUGUGCCAAAGAGACCAGGAAGACCGUUAAUAACGAGUUUUACUUCAAGAGCUGUAAAUUUGUCGUGGCCGUAUGCUCAAGAUCCCAGAAAUGCUCCAGUAUCGCACUUCAUCAUUGAAACAAGGUCCGGUGAGGAUGGGCCAUGGGAUCAAAAUCCACAGAUUUAUACACGUAAUAAUGCCACCACGUAUGAGGUGACAGGAUUGCUGCCCUUUACUGUCUACAGUUUCAGAACAAUUGCCGUUAAUCAGUUGGGUGAAAGCCCACCGUCCAAAGAGUCAUAUUACAUCGUUACCCUUAGGGAAGUUCCGACUGGAAAACCUGUUGCUACAAUAGCCCACAAUACAUCAGCCACUUCAAUAUACAUUUCCUGGAAACCUCCGCCAGCCGACACAAUUUUGGGUGAAUUUUUAGGAUAUAGAAUUACAUAUCGCCCUCGCGAUAAAAAUACAGACGAUGUCAAGGAAAUAUACAUCCGGGACAGCAGUGUAGAGAGUCAUGAAAUUCAUGACUUGGAAACGUACACACAAUAUCUAGUCUCCAUACAAGUUUUUAAUCCUGAAGGUCCUGGACCAGCGACAACAGUACUCGUAAUGACGGAUGAAGGAGUUCCAAGCAAACCACUCAAUUUGACGGUGCUGGAGGUCACUUCGACAACGAUAAAAUUAUCCUGGCGUAUACCGGAACACACAAAUGGCGCCAUUACGGGCUAUCAAGUAUACUAUGAGCACUCCAAUCAGACAUUCUCAGGUCCAAUCUUGAGGGUGGACUCUUCCUCCAGUUCCUACAUUCAAUACGUUCUGCCCAAUUUGAAACCGUUCACAGAGUAUAAAAUAUACGUUCAGGCUUUGACAUGGAAACAUAUAGGAAAUAGAUCGGAUAUUGUGACGCAAAGAACGGAUAUUAGUGGACCCAGUCCUCCGGAAGUUGUGAAUCUCACGUGUCUGGCGCAAGACGUGAUAUUUCUUCAUUGGAAACGACCACUGGAAUACCAUCAUACAAUUGAUUGGUACAUCAUUAGCUACAGGGCAUUGGAUGAACCUGAUUUUCAGGAGUUUUCCAUCAAUUCAACAGCACACAUAACUGAAUCAUCGAUGAAGCUGCCAAAUUUACCCACAAAUACAGUUUAUGAGAUUAAAGUUCGAGCUGCCUCUGUGAGUGCAAUUAAUCCCAGAAAUAUCAUUCCAGGAGCAUAUUCAGAUCCAAAAAGAAUUCACCUACAACCAGGCUGCGAAAAGAUGCAACCACUUCCGAGACAAGUCAAUAACAAUUACAAUUUUGUUAUCACAAUUGUAAUAGUUUUCUGUUGCUUUAUUUUCUUUUUGAGUGUUUUGGCGCUGGUGCUUUGGAGAAACAUUCGUUUUAGAAAAUGCUUUCAUGCCGCAUACUACUAUCUGGAUGAUCCUCCAUGCCAGGGACAGACGGCACUGCUAAUCGACUGGGAGGCGCCAGUUGAGGUGGGAGGUGAGGUGAGAACUGUGGUUCCAGUGAAUGAGUUUUCCAAGCAUGUGGCAGAAUUGCACGCAGACGGUGAUAUAGGAUUCAGCAAAGAGUACGAGUCAAUUCAAAAUGAAUCGAUAAUGGACGAGUUUCCGUCUGAACAUUCACAGCAUCCGGAGAAUAAAGGGAAAAAUCGCUACUUAAAUAUUAUUGCCUAUGACCACAGUAGGGUACAUUUGCACCCAACUCCAGGACAAAAGAAGUCAAUCGAUUAUAUCAAUGCGAACUUUAUAGACGGCUACCACAAAUCAAGGGCUUUCAUUGGCACCCAGGGCCCAUUGCCUGGUACAUUCGAUUGCUUCUGGCGAAUGAUAUGGGAACAAAGAGUAGCUAUUAUAGUUAUGAUAACAAAUUUAGUGGAGCGUGGUAGACGCAAAUGUGAUAUGUAUUGGCCAAAGGAUGGAACGGAAACAUAUGGCGUGAUACAAGUGAAGUUACUCCAAGAGGACGUAAUGGCAACGUACACCGUUAGAACCUUUCAAAUUAAACACCUAAAACAGUUGAAGAGAAAAAAGCAGGGAUCCAUUGAGAAAAUUGUCUAUCAGUAUCACUAUACAAAUUGGCCAGAUCAUGGUACACCCGAUCAUCCCUUACCAGUGUUAAAUUUCGUGAAAAAGUCUUCAGCUGCAAAUCCACAAGAUGCUGGCCCCAUUGUUGUGCACUGCAGUGCUGGUGUGGGAAGAACUGGCACCUAUAUUGUGCUCGAUGCUAUGCUACGACAAAUUGAACACAAAGGAGUCCUCAAUGUGUUUAGUUUCUUGCGACAUAUACGUGGACAGAGAAAUUUUCUAGUGCAGACAGAGGAACAGUACAUUUUCAUUCAUGAUGCACUCGUGGAAGCCAUUGCAAGUGGAGAAACAAACAUCAAACCAGACCAACUAAUAGAGCAACUCAAUGAUUAUAAUUUUCAAGCAUCACAAUUUAAGUUAAUAACAUCCUUUCAACCAAAAGAUGUGAAUAUUGCAUCCGCUGUAAAAGCAGCCAAUUCAGGAAAGAAUAGAAGUGGAUUGCUACCGUUAGAGGGUAGUCGUGUGCAUUUGACACCAAAACCAGGAAUUGAUGGAAGUGACUAUAUUAAUGCUACAUGGUUCCAUGGAUUUCGUAGAUUACGUGACUUCAUCGUAACACAGCAUCCUCUGACAACGACCAUCCAGGACUUCUGGCAAAUGAUUUGGGAUCACAACGCACAAACGAUAGUAUUACUUUCAUCAAUAGACGAUACAAAUUUCCCACAGUUUUGGCCGAAUGAAAAUGAUUCAAUUGAAACUGAUAGUUAUCGUAUAAAAUAUCUAACUGAACACAAUUGCCACGAUUAUAUUAACCGUGAAUUUGUGAUGCAAUCUAUACAAGAUGAUUAUGAGCUCAACACCAAAAUGCUUCACUGUCCCACUUGGCCGGACCUAAUGACUCCUGCUGGAAUUUUCGAUUUUAUAGUGAAAGUACAUGAGAGAGGCUCAGAAUAUCGAAAUGGACCGAUUGUUGUUGUAGAUAGAUAUGGUGGAGCUCAGGCUGCUAUAUUUUGUAUUGUAACCUCUUUGGCUAUGCAGUUGGAAUAUGAUGCAACAGCAAAUAUCUAUACCUAUGCAAAAUUAUACCACAACAAGAGGCCAGGGAUUUGGACCACGGCGGAGGAAGUCAAACAAAUCUAUAGGAUAUUGACAUAUCUGCCGAGUGAUUUGCAAUUACUGAAAUGCACAGCAUUGAGGACGGAAUUUGAGGAGGUGACAACGGCCACUCCGGAUUUGUACAGUAAAAUAUGUAGUAAUGGAAAUAUAAGCUCAGCACUACACACAUCCAAUUCCUUGACAAACACCAAUGUCACAUCUGUUCCAGCAUCAAAUGGUAAUGUUACAAAGCCCGAAAUUAUUGAGGAUUCGGAAGAGAUGAUCGUACAAACUAAUGAUGAAGACAAAACUGAUGUUUAAAAUGCAUUGGUCAGCUAUUAAACAUGUCCGAGUUAUUAUCCUUACAUGAAUUACAGCACAUUUCCAUUGAAAGAACAAGGGUACGUACAAUUUUUUUUUGUUUUGAAAAUAUGUUUUCGAAAUUACGAAUGUGAGACAACCAGAACUAGAUCUCACACUCUUUUACUGAAUUAUCAAAUACAUGUUUACAAAAUAAACUCGAUUGUGUGUUGCUCAUAAAUACAAGUGAAAAAAAAGAAGGUAAAAAAUAACUGACUUUAAGGUUGAUUGCAUAUUACACUAUUGUAAUACAACAAAAAAAAUAUGAAUGUAAUUUAGAUGAUGAAGAAGUAUAUAGUUAAAAAAUACUCUACUUCGCAAGACUGGAUUUUAUACAUUUUUUAUAUUAAAAAAAAAAUUGAUUUGUCGAAUUAUCACAGUUUUCAGUGUUAAUUUAAAAGAAAAAAAUCAACUGCACAAUUUAACAUUCACAACAUCACAUUUUUCAUGUUUUUCACAAAAACGGCAUCAAAAAAUAUUAAAAAUUCCUAACAAUUUGUAUCUUUUUUAAUGAAGAAAAAAGUAGGAUUUCAGCAUAGUCACUAAUUUAAGAGGGUUUUGUUAAGAAAUUCUUUUCAAAACAAUUUUUCUGCAAUUUUUUUUACAUGGCUUUUUAUAAUCACAUGAAAAUAGAAUCAAAAAUAUAAAAACUGUGAUAAUUUGAUCCUUCCCAGUAAAUAUAUUAAGAAAUAUUGAAAAGAUAAGGAAAACAUUAUUAGACAACAAAUAAAAUAUUUUUCUUUUAUUGUAUGUAAUAUAUAAAUAUAAGAUAAAUGUGAUUAUACAUAAAUACUUAGCAUUAGGUAUAAUAAGCGUAAAGUAUAUUUUUAAUUUAUUUAAGUGAAAAUUAUGUAAAUUGGAAAAAAAACAGAUUAAGAGAGGUUUGUAGGAAUCCAAAGUAAUUGUAACUAUGUAGAACGAAAUAAUAGUGUAUUGAAAUUUUGAAAUAUUAGGUGGGAUGAACAAUUUUAAUGCAUAAAAUUGUUGUUAAAAUCGUUAAUUAUGAUGAAAUCUAGUGAACGCAACAUUUGUAGCAGUAGAUUGAAAUAUAAAAUAGAUUUAAACAUAA